AAUUUUCUCUCUCAAAAGGCGACCAUCUUCCGAUCGCAUUCAUGUCAUAAAAAAGAAGCGUACUCCUCACAAAGUCACAAUUUGUAAGCAUUCAUAUCGAUAUCGAUCUUCGAUUCCAGUAUAAACGGCAGCGUUUCUUUUCCAAAUGAAGAUCGAUCUGGUAGAUUAGGGUUUGGAGAUCUCUCAUAUUUGAAUUUGUUUUUCUCUCAGGGAAUCAAAUGUUCGGUUAGGUAUUUUGGGAUUUCAAUUUGAAGAUCGAGGAGGUUUAACAAUAGGACAAAAUGCAUGUGAAAGUGGCACAAUCGUCAUUUAGGGAUCGGACGCAAGAAUUUCAAAGCGUGGCGGAGAGGUUAAGGAAGUCGUUCUCUUCUGGGCCGGGUCAAAAUGAAUCGAGUAGCAGCAGUACGUCGAGGGCGAAGGAACAGAGAUCUGUGGUUGCUCAUCAAUCGGAGUUUAAUAGGAGGGCUUCUAAGAUUGGGUUUGGGAUUCAUCAGACCUCGCAGAAGCUAUCUAAGUUAGCAAAAUUGGCAAAGAGGACUUCUGUUUUUGAUGACCCUACUAUGGAAAUCCAAGAGCUCACUGCAGUUAUCAAACAGGAUAUCACUGCCCUUAAUUCUGCUGUGGUAGACCUUCAGCUUUUCUGCAAUUCUAGAGAUGAAGGUGGUAUCUCCAGUGACACAUCUAGUCAUUCAACCACAGUUGUAGAUGACUUGAAGAAUCGCUUGAUGAGCACCACAAAAGAGUUCAAAGAUGUCCUUACAAUGCGAACAGGGAAUUUAAAGGUUCAUGAGAAUAGAAGACAAUUAUUUUCUUCCACUGCUUCAAAGGAUUCCCCAAAUCCCUUUACACGGCAGCACCCUCUGGCUAUUAAACCAGCAGCUGGAGCUUCAAACAAGCUUCCUCAGUGGGCUAAUGGAUCUGCAUCUUCAUUUCAGUUGUUUCCCAGAAAGCAGAUGGAUGGGGAGAGUCAGCCAUUGCUCCAGGGUCAACAGCAGCAGCAACAACAAAUGGUUCCAUUGCAAGACACUUACUUGCAGAGCAGAGCUGAAGCUCUUCAAAAUGUAGAAUCCACUAUUCAUGAGCUUGGCACCAUCUUCAAUCAGCUAGCUACUCUGGUUUCUCAGCAAGGAGAGAUAGCUAUCAGGAUCGACGAGAACAUGGAUGACACAUUAGCGAACGUUGAGGGAGCGCAGGGGGCUUUGCUCAAGUACCUAAACAGCAUAUCAUCUAACAGGUGGCUAAUGAUGAAAAUAUUUUUUGUAUUGAUUGUUUUCCUUAUGGUUUUCCUAUUCUUUGUGGCAUAGUCAAUACAAAAGUAAGACGGCUGGUUGAAAAGAUAGUGAAAGGGAAAUGUUAGUGCCUUUUUGGUACUCUUCUAUUCUUUUGAUAUAUGCUAUCCAUCUUUCACUCCUUUUUUGGUUUUUAGCUACAGUCCUUCAGAGGUGUAAUUCAACCCUUUUUUGUCGACCAUGAUGUGUGUGUAUGUAUGGGUGGUGGGUACAUGUGAAUUGCACAAUGAAUUGGGAACAAUGAAAAUGGCUGAACUGUUCCCUUUUCAUUGCGAGUGUUAUUUGACAGAAUGUCUCUCAAUGUGCCACUCUUAUCAAUAAUAUCAACCUUUAGAGGUUCACUUUA